AUGCCUUCGAUCGAUGUCGCCAUGGCGAGGAGUCUCCGAGGAGGAGUGUGGGGAUCAGUGGUGUCGAGCAUGGCCGCGGACAUUCAGAGUCGCGGAAUUACAGACACAGUACAGAGCGCCGGAAACUCGAUCAACGAUGUGAAGACGGCGUUGUCUAGUUGGGACAAUUGCAUGUCCGUUAAUUUCUGCAAGUGGCCCGUCAUUGGAAUCAUGAUCUUCGGAGGCCUCAUCAUUUUCUCUAUCGUAUGGUGCAUCAUCCGGUGCGCUUGCUGCGGUCUGUCGUGCUGCUGUCAGUGUUGCUACUGCUUGAAGUGCUGUGGUAACUGCUGCGGUUGCUGCGACACCCCCAAGGGAACACCUCACAAGCACCUCGACGACAAUUCGUAUGGACCGAACAAUCAGGGAUAUAAAUCCCAGGCGCCCAUGGCUCCCUUUUACAACAAUGCCAGCACCGCGCCUGCACACCAGGCGAAUUCAACAGCACCCGUGGCUUCCGGAGCCGCGGCGCCGCCUCAGUAUGCUGAAUUCGAAGUCAGCAAAUCAGGUGCCAAUCCGGCAGACGCUGAUUCACUUCCCGCGAUGCCCAGUUGGGAGGGUGCAGGUUCGAAGAAGGUGGCACUUGAGGAGGAGGUGGAGCUCGAACAGAUGAACAAACCGGCUGUAUCACCGAACCCGAACGGACAGAACAUGCCUCUCAUGGCACCCAACGCCAUGUCCCAUCCGAACAGCCCCAUGCCGGGUGACAGGAGCCCUUAUGGCCAAAAUUCUCAGGCCGGGCCCAGCGGUUACUUCACCAACGCCAAUCAGCCUGCGGGUCCCUACGAAAUGGCAGGCAACGGCUACAGUGAUGGAGCAUACGGACAGUCAGCGUCUUCUUUCGGUGUAGACCAAGGAUAUGGAAAUGGGGCCAUGGCUGCCGGAGGCAUGGCGAUGCAGGGUAGAGGUACACCUCACCAAGAGUUCAACAACAAUGGCUACGGGCCCCAGAGAGGUCAGACGUACCCCCGUCCUCAGCAAGAUUUCGAUCAGGGCUUCGGCAACAGCUACGAGCAGGGAGGCUAUGGCAUGGGCCGUCCUCCCCGGAACGGCCCCAGCCCGGCACCGAUACCCCGAAGCUUCACAGCACCACCUCGCGAUGGACCCAGUCCCGCCCCGGCUGGAUAUCGCCGCUCUCCUGGUCCUCAAGCCGGCGGUUACCGCGGCCCUCCACCCCCUCCCAGCGACUACCGGCGAUCCCCCGCGCCUCAAAACGACUACGGCUUUGACCAGAAGAAUCAGCAAGGCCAGUUCCUCAAUGAGAACUACGGUCGUCCCCAGUACGGAGCAAACUCGCGUCAACCGUCUUCAGAGUCGACUCGCCCUCUUGCUCCUCAGCGCAGCUACACUGGCGACCAAAGCAUGGCAUCUCCGGACCUGCAUGAUUCUGGCGGUUUUGACUUCAGCUCUGGCUACAGUCGUCCGCAACAAUACAACUAUAACCGCGGCCCGAGCGGUGGCAACCAACAUGUCGAGGACGAAGACGAACAGCGACCCCCGCAAAGCAGCGGCGGCACCUACCCAGGAUACAAGGCGUACCAGCCGACAAAGGAUGGCUGGAGUGGCGUCUGA